CUGGACAUCACAGCUGUUUGCCGGCGCGUGUUUCAGUUGUUUUUCUGACGGGAAUCCGAUCGUGGAUUUUGUGAUUUCGCUUUAAGUUGGAUGCAAUAGGGUAAAAUGCAGCGAACUCGACUGUUGCAGAGAGUGUGGCUGUGCCGGCAACGCUUUGCCCAGCUGUCAGGACGUGGUGAAUCCUCCACCGGCCUUGAAUUGCGUUAUGCAAUGACGAUACCGACUCCUCCACUGCAGCCGCAAAGGCGGCUCCUUGGCACUGGCUUCGUCCUCCGUGCGAUGGACAGGAAACACCGCCGCCCCGCCUCUUCUGAGAAACCGCCAGUCAGCAUCGAGGAUAUGUGGUCGCAACUGGAGUCUUACUACCAGCAAAACAGCCUUCUCAACUACGAGCACUGCCAGCGCGUGCUGGAGCAAUUGCAGCGAUCGUCGACGCCCCAAGGAAUAGGCGUGGAUCAGCUGCAUUUCCUUCUGGAAUCGUGUGUGCCCGAACUGCUACCCGCCCAGAGCGCGCAGGAGCGGCUACAGCUCUUUCAGUCCCUCUGGGGGCAGCUCCUUAAACUAAGUCAGCCGACACUAGUUCACUACCACACCAGACUGCAAGUACUGCGUCAGAACCGCCUUCCUCUGCUGGACCAUCGCUCCCUCCUGGCCGAGAUUGCCGUCUACCACGGAGCUGCCGAUGCGGCUUUGUACAGCGCUCUUCUAGAUGUGGCCGGAUCAGCGGGAAAUAUGCGCCUUGUCACCGAGCUGCUCGCCGAGAUGCGCGAGCGCAACUUUGCUCUUACGGACCGCAACUUCGACGCUCUGCUAUUGAGUCACGCCCGCAACGGUGACCUACCUGGAGCAGAGUCCGUCCUGGCCAGCAUGCGGGCCGCUGGAAUUCAGCCCGGCAGCAGCUCGCAGGCCCUUUGGUUUGAGGCCCUUGUGGAGAACGGCAGGGUUGCCCAGGCCAAGAAGCUGCUGGACACGGAGGAGGGAUUCACUGCUCCUCAAUUGCUCCAGAUGUUGCGUACAGUGCUCUCCAGCAAAGAUGUGGACAUCGAGCUUGCCCAGACGUUGGUUAAGAAACUGCCACGGGAGUUUCUAACUGGUCUUGACCUGCCGCCAGCGAUCAAGAGUCUGUGCAUCCAGUUAGUGCACGAGGGACGCGCCCAAGUGGUCAUUCAGCUAGUGGCUGCGUUGCCCGCUCCAAAGUUCGAAACUCAGAACCAAAAUGUGGAUGAAUACGGCACACUGCUUCUGCAGGAGUUUUUCCGCGCCCACGUCCCAUUAGAGCAAACGCUUCAGUUCGCUGGGGAAUUGGUUGAGCGUAACCAGAAUUCCCGCGCGUUACAUUUGGUAGUUGAGCUGGCUCUGCGACGCCUGCCCUCAUCCGCACUCUACUGUCUGGAGGCGCUGUCCGCAGCCGGCGAAGAGUUGCGGCCGCACUACUUUUGGCCCCUGAUCCUGCACCACCACCGACGAGAGGGAGAGAGAGGCAUGCUUCGUCUUCUGGCCGAUAUGCAGCGGCUUCGGGUGGAGUGCGACGAGGAUACCUUGCGCCAGUAUCUCCUCCCUAACCUAAGCCAAAGCCUGACGAAACCCCUUGAGGCCUUAAAAUCACUGGAAUCGGCUGGUGUUAAGCCUUCGCUGACUCUAGGCCCGGUAGUUAGUCGGCUGCUACAGCAAACCCAGCAAGUGCCCGAAGCUCUGGACCUGCUCAAGCGGUAUCCGACGCGGCUGGACCUCUCUAACUUGAUCCAGCCUCUGACAUCGCUGGCGGUAAAUGCCCGUGCCACCAAGCGCUACGAGCUCUUCGCGCAGGUAGUUCAGGCUCUGCAACAGAAGACACUGCAGCGUGGGGAGGACUUUGUAGGCUCCUUGCUUCUGCAAAUGACCGGACCACAGACGCGCCUACGCCAGGAUCCCGCUUCUCUGCGGCGAUUCCUGCACGAGCUCAGUCGCCUGGAGUUACAAAUGUCGUUUGCGGCAGCCGAAACUUUGCUCUCCCUGGCCCGGCAGACAACAGAGGACGACCAGUUAGUUAAGGAUAUAGCCAGUACGCUGCAAAAAAUGCGCAACUCGAAGCUGUCCCUGUCUGCGGAUACGGCCACGCUUCACGGGGGAUUUAUUAAGCACCCGCGCGACAUGAGUCUCGACGAACUGGAGUGCCAUCUUGUGGAACUGGAGUCCAAGCAUCUAAAUCCACGCGGUGUUCUUCGCCGCUUGCUGCAGCUUUCUGUACGCAGCGGUCGUUUGAAGCGAGCUCAGGAACUGUUGGCUAAGUGUCAGGCUCUGAAGGUCCAAACGAGUGCAGGAAUGAUGGCCUCCAUCCUCGACCUAUACAUUAAACUACGCGAUCUGCCGCGUGCCCAGGAAAGCUUGGAGCGACUGAAUAGCACUUACCCAGACUUUCAGCUUGACGAGCACAAGGUAAUUGACUACGCCGCUCUUUUAGUGCACGGGCAGCAACUGGAUACCGCCAAACAGAUGCUCAAACGUCGAGCAGAGCAACACAAGAUCGUUGGCGGCGACUAUGUAAUCAAAAACGUGUGGCAGCUUCUUACUAACGUGGCACAAUUGGCCGCCUCACAACCCCCGACUAGUCCUACCAGCGAGGGCAUUGAGAGCGCUAAGCAUAGGAAUCUGACCCACGAGACUCUGGACUUCCUUCGCGGACUAGGCUACUGUCAGUCGCACAACGCCCUGCUGGGUCCAGUGGUUCGCGAGUGGCUGCUGAGGGGUGACUUGGAUGCGGCGGUGGCCGAGUUCCAAAGCCUGGCCAACAAACACAAGCACACGCCCCUGCAGUUCGAACUCCUGUCGCUAUUGGUGCGCCUUGGCAAUGGGGAUGAACAGGAGCUGGCCCGCUUUCCCGGUACCACCGUCGAGUCUGCCCAGCAGCACCUGGCUGCCGUUACCGCGACGGUUAGUCGCGUUCACGGAGCGGCCAACAUGAACAGCGCCUUGCUGCUGGCUCUAGCCGAGUCCGGCAAAGAAACACAGCUGCGUCGCCUCAUCAUCAACCCUGAGUUUUGCAUUAACCACGAGCUGCUGCUGAAGAACUGCGAGCACUUGGGGCAGGAGGGCGCGGUGCGGACGCUUCUGCGGCUGGCGCGCGGAGUAAGGGGCGUGCAGCGGACUAUCGACGAGCAGAAGAUUUACGACAUGCUGCUGGCCCAGUUCUGCCGGAGCAAUAACUAUGAGGCUGCGCUGGAUCUCUUUGAACGUCUGGAGUCCGACGACGAGCUAAAGGUGUCACAUGAGUUUCUGCGCAACCUCGUCCAAUUGCUGCAGGUGAAUAAUGUUAAGAUUCCCAGCGGGAUCGCCCUACGCGCCCAAAUUAGAUAGCCAUACUCAAGAAUUGCUCUAUUAGUAACUAACUAGUUAGUGACUUGCAUUGACGUGCAACUUAUUUUGUAAAUAAAUUAUUUUCACAGAUUCCUAUA